GAAGUGAACAAAUAAACAAUUGUCAGAAUUGUCAAAUGUAAGAUAAGUAAAUAUUCUGAUGUGGCCAAAAAAAUACUCUAGAAUAAUUCUUUACAAUUAGUUCCUCUAUAAUGUCCUGAUACAAAAUAAUUAUUAGAAUGGCGUACCAAACUUUAAGGAAUGAAUAUAUGAAUAUGCCCCCGGUUACGAGGGCAUAUACAACCGCUUGCGUUAUCACAACUUUAGCUGUGCAACUGGAGCUAGCAUCCCCAUUCCAGUUAUACUUUAAUCCAAUUUUGAUUGUAAAACAGGGUCAAAUAUGGAGACUUGUAACUACAUUUCUUUUCUUUGGCACAUUUGGAUUCAACUUUUUUUUCAACAUGAUUUUUACAUACAGAUAUUGCAGGAUGCUAGAGGAAGGGUCAUUUAGGAACAGGACAGCUGACUUUGUAUUAAUGUUUUUGUUUGGAGCAGUGUGUAUGAUUGGAUUUGCUUUUUUUGUUAAUUUAAUAUUCUUAGGACAAGCAUUUACAAUCAUGUUAGUGUAUGUUUGGUCCAGACGAAACCCCUAUGUAGGAUUGAACUUUUUUGGCCUUUUAAAUUUCCAGGCACCAUACUUACCCUGGAUCCUUCUAGCAUUUUCUGUACUUUUGGGUAAUGCCGUUUAUGUAGAUUUAAUGGGUAUCGCAGUGGGACACAUUUAUUAUUUCUUAGAAGAUGUUUUUCCACAACAAAGAGGUGGUGUUAAAAUUUUAAAGACACCAAAUUUCAUGAGAACAUUGUUUGAUGCUCUUCCAGAUGAUUCAGAUUACCAAAGAUUACCAGAAGAAAAUCCAGGUGGUUUUCAAUGGGGAGGGCAGAAUCAAAAUCAAAACCAAGAUAGGGGAGCUGGAGAUAACGAAGAACAGAAUGUUCGAUAAAAAAUGGCCAGUAGGUGGUAACUAGAGACAAUAUCACUGUGUUAAAAUUAACUAUCACUAGUUUUGGUUUAGUUUAUUGUAUAUAAUUUAUAAUUUCAAAAUGUGUUUUUAUAACAAAAAGGCACUUAAAAGAAACAAAUAAAUCUAUCGUUCUGGUAUUAAAUUAAUUUUGACCUAAUGGAAUAUUGUCAUCACUCUAGAGCCGUGAUUCUCAAAGUGGUCCAGGUGGUCCUCGACUCGACGGGGUUCUACGUUGGACGUGACAAUAAAUGGGGAUUCACAAUCGUAAGCAGGUGUUCAUGAAAAUUUAUUUGGUUUCAAUAGUGAAGAACUAAAAUACAGACUUGACUUCUACCAAUAUGGGCAGAAAAUAUUUCAAGAAGCUCAGCGACUGUUACUUGUGAAAAUUUGCAUAUUCCAUAUUCAGUAUAACGUUUCGAGACCCGUUGCCGCGCCGGCCGUCGUCCCGUCCGCAACACUUGUUCAAACUUUCAUUUUAAUACGACUUGUGGUGUGUACGCUUGUAAUCUUGUAUGAACUUAUUUGAUUCAUCACUCAUAUAAUUACGAAUGUAAAUGAUAAACGUUACUCAUUUGUUACUGGACAAUGAAUGGAAUUUGUUUCCAGAUUUUCGUAAAGAAAAGUAAAGUUGAUCGAUAUUAGUGAUUUCCAGUGUCGGAAAAGUAAAUAUCUACCUGCCCAUUCUCGAGCUUAGCACUAAUAAGGAGCUGAAAGUUUACUUAAAAAAGGGUAUAAAAAAUUUUGGCUGCAGGUAGAAAUACCUGAAAAUAUUCUGGACUGUGGGGAAUUGUGUAAAAGUUUAUUAUCGUGUUUCCCUCGACAUGUCUUGUCGAAAAAAGUUUUAGUGCCAUUACAAACUUAUUACGGCUAGAGGUCAGUAAUCACCUUAGAACAGAGUAGUAGUCGGUCAUUUUGGAUAACCAUUUUAUGACUCACUGUUUGCUUGGUCGCUAUUGAAAAAUUGGUUUUUAUAUUAUAUUUUGCCACUCUUAUUACUUAUUUUUUACUUUAUAAUAGUAUUUUCUAAAGUUAAGUUGGGUUUUUAGUUAUUUUAUACUCGUAGAUACUCUCAAUGAUAUAAAGAUAGUUUUCCUACGACCACUUAUGAAAAUGAUAGAUUACACACUCAUUUUUACCUAAGAAAAGAGCUUAUUUCACACAUGUACUAAAAAAUAACAAAACGUACAUGUAUUGAAAUGCUUCUUUUUCUUAUAGUCUUGAACGAUAGAGGGAAUACGCGAGUACAGUAUGAAUCUGGCUGGGUGGCGAAAGGCAAAAGGACAAAUUGAAGAAGACUGAAGAAGUAGACGAUAUGAUUUUUUGAGGUUAUAUUAGUGUUUAAAAUAAAAAUUGAAAGUUUGUUGUGAUUUCUGUUCAAAUACAUACUAGUGUCUGCAAGAUAAGUUAAAAUUAAGUGUUAUUACUAUUACUGGGUAAUGUAUAAAGUAGUUGAAUGAAAAUCUAUUCUCCUUAGUGAAGGAAAACAUUCUUCAACAGAACAAUAUACGGGCCACACCUUUAGGGGUUCUUCUGCAACAAAUUUGGUAGAUACAGCUGCAUUAAAACCCUACGGAGGGUGGAAAUCCUCUAUCGUGGCUGAGCAGUACAUAGAUAUUUCUGCAAAUAAUAGAAUAAUGACAGCUAAUAAAAUAAUGAAUGUCAUUAGCAACACAAGCACAUUAAAGAAAGAAAUUGCAAAUAGAAACAUGAACAAAAUGCUGAACAAUAUACUGACACUGCACAACCCAAAAACAAUGCAGUUUGUGUACUUUUAUAACGUCCGAGGAAAAAAAGUAAAACAAAAUCAUUAAUAAUUAUUUAGUUCUUGUUAGGUAUAUGAUAUAGUUACAAAAAAUAUAUUGUUCUAUUGGUUCAUUUUCUGUUCUUUAAUUAUAAAAUAUUUCAUAAUCAUUCUUUUUGUUUUUGUCAUCUUUAUUAUUACAAAAUAAAAAAUAUUUUGUAGGAUUUUUUCACUUUUCAACACAUAUGUUGAAAUACUUUGAAACACAUGUGUGAUAUUGUUUUAAUUGACUUUCAUAUUUAAAAAAUGAGUUUUUUUGAAGAAUUUUUUAUGUGGUUGUAGGAAAAAUCACUGUACUUUUUUUCGCCCCACCAUGAUUAUGUCAGAAAUAAAUUUGAAAACUGUUUGCCUCACCGUAAGUCUAUCUAAGUGGUAGUGUUCAGUUAAUGCAUUUUCAGGAUUUACAUUAGAAGCUUUGGAUUUUUUUAAAUUAAAGUUCAAGUAUCUUCUAAACAUUUAUUUGCAGUUUAGUUAUGGACAAGAUGGCAAUUAAGCACCUUAAAUACAAUGGCUACACAUACAUUGGAUAUGUGAAGACAGUGUUUAUCACUUCACCUCCCGAAUAGAAAGAUUGUAAAUAAAUACGAAAAACGUUACAGUAUUAAAAGGAUUUAAUACACGCCAAAAUGCGGGAACAUGGUGCUGGAGAUCUAUUCAUUUUCGAGUCCGUUUGCCUAAUUCAUAAGCGCUAUUCCAAUUCCAGCAAGAUCGUUGCACGGCUAUCCACUUAGGAUCGCGGAGCACGACAUUUACAUUUCCAAAUGUAAAGACCAGGAGAACAGAAACAGUGAAAUUCCUCUUCCAACUUCUUUCUAACUAAUACAGAACAUAACAACAGCUCUGCUAUAAAAUGCUAAAGAUGAAUGUACAACCAACUUUAACAUGUACUUGCUCCAAAUUUGAAUUCUAGUAAUUUGUACCUGUUACUAGAAAUCAUUAUUAGAUUGAAAACUUACCUGCUGGCAGACUCCUUUUCCAGGCAAAAAACCACAGCGGACCCUUAUCAGUCAAUCAAACGUACAGUAGAUUCAUUUAUUUGGAGAGAAAAUUAAUUGUGCUGGAUAGAAGAAAUCAGAGAUUGUUUCAAAUCAUUUGACAUGCCAAUUAUGAGUCUAUGGACAGUAUUGUUUGAUAAUAGCUACCAUAUGGUUUUAUGAGGGUUUCCACUAUAGUAUGAGCUUUACAUAUCUUUGCCACCUGAUAACUUAUCAAGAAAAAAGUUUUUAUUAAUUAUUUUUUUUUGAGUUUACAUGCAGUGUUGAGAAGCACCUUAUUCAGUGCUCUUCCUCUUUGGUGUGAAGAUUCGGGCGAUUAACCUCAAAAUGAUGACUCAAUUUAACUGGAACUAUCGAACUGUUCGGAAGGACUCGCCGAUUUUUACCCUCCUCUGUUUCGUAAAACCCAUUUUUAAGUAACAUUCGUUACACUUAUGCUUUUUAGUAAUUCCACUUCAUGUGACUGCUCUUCAUUUGGUCAUUCUCCAUCAACAGGGAACUUUCGUUGCUGUGAAAGUGAUGAAGAAGCUGCUAGCUUCUUCAAUGAUCCCGACUUCAGCCACCUAUCGAGGGCGGAAGUAAUAAACUGGGCAAAAGCAAAUGGGUGCAAUCAUGAAGGAAUAUUUAAUGAUGCCUAGAAAAAAAUCCGGCGUACACAAAGCGAGAACAUACGAGAUAGUAAGCAUUCUGAUUAGUCGGCCUCCAGAGUUUUACAGAAAAUCGAGCAAGGAGGCCACAUCCACCGGCACUAAUCCGUAGACGCAGUUCAAAGUGACAACGGAUCUCCUAGAAAGAGUGGGCGGAUCCCUAACGUACAUACUAUUGUCGAGGCAAAACUGUACAAACUAAAUAAAUUUCAAAUCAAAUUAUAUGUAAUUAGCUUGGAAAGUUGAAUAAAAGUCAAACAUCAAUAACAACUAAUUUAUUAACCAAAACAUUGUUGUCAAGUUGCAAAUAAACAAGUGUUUUUGGGUACAUUAUAAUUAGACUCUUCUAUUUAAAGAAAAUGUACGCACAAUUGUUUAAAAAAUUAAAUUCGAAUGGGAUUUUUAGCACAACCACAAAAUUUUUCAGUUUCAAUACAAGUUUACAUCUAAUUAGAUAACAGUAAGUUUUACUUUAAUGUUUUCCAUUGAAAACUUACAUAAUAUUUCGAUUGUCAAAUAAAAGACGCGUUUACAAGAACAUUAACGUUUAAAUUAACGAAUUCACUUAAUUACGAUGAGAUUAAAAAUAAAUACGACGAUGGUAACACACAAGAUAUGACUAGGUAAUUUUGAUCCCAUACAUAAACCAAAUUACAAUCCCUAUUGAAAUGAAAUCAUAUUAUUAAUAAGAAAUUGAGCAAUAAUUUUUGCUGCGUAUGUCAAAACGUGCAAUAAAUUUGCUAGAACACAACAAAUGUUUUAUUUUUAUAUCAUGUCUUACGCGGGGUUCCCAUAAGUAGUUCGCAAGAGUACUAUUGGAGCAGGCCUGGACUGGUUAAGUAGCUGGCCCGAGGGCGCCCCGAAUAGUCUUUCUUCAAUUGUUGAUGAAAAAUUCAUAAUCAGUGAACUCAGUGUAAAUUCAUUAAUUUAAUUACUAUUUUUAAAGAAAUCUUCAAUGGAAAUUUAGACAGCAAAUCUCCAUUCCACAGCUAGAAAUCUUAUAAGUAACGAUCCAAUUUUUUAACUUGUCUCACUAGAUUUGUUUUGGGUCCCUUCCCUUAUUUCAGAGUACUUGCAAAGUAAAACCAUUGAGUAUGUUUCAGCUUGGAGCUUAGUACACAGCUCCAGCAAGUUAAGGACAAAAGAAAAGACAAGCAUUUUGAAGUUUCGUAGGCAAAUAGAAAAACCUAUACAAAUGCAGUUAAUCUUAAGCUAAACGCAAAUGGCAUUGCUGUCGAAUUACAUUUGGACUGAUGCCCAGUGAAAAUCAAAAUAUGAAGCUGAUUCUAGUUCAACAUCACAAAAUUUUGAUAUUUUUGACUAUGCAAGGAUGAGUUUUGAAGAAAGAUUUUGCGCAAACAUAAACGUUUUACAAGAUAGCUUUUGUUUGGACUCCCAAAAGUUUGACUUUUCAUCAUAAUCAAAAACGGAUGUUCAUUUAGUUUAUAGAGCUUUAUAACAAGUUUAAAAGAAUCUUUCACUUAAUUUAGUGUUUUAUUCCUGAAAAAUAAAAAAAAUUUUCAUAUGUAUAAGUUUAAUUCUGCUUAUUUUAUCUAAAUUCUGACUAAUAUGGGCAUAUUACUUUUUCAAAUGGAAUUUAUAACUUAUUUCACAAACGUGACCAAGUAGCCCCAAAACUGGGUUAACUUGGGCACCCAAUCAAUAAUUUUUUUUUCAUAUACUAAUUGAGGCGUGGCAUUGCAAAACUCACUAUAUCCCGGUAACGGUGGAUUUUGAAUCUGCAUGCAUGCUCCUUCAAAAACUACAAUGUGUGUGAUAUUAUUUGUUUGUAAUUUAAGUUUAUAAAGAGAUUUGAAACAUAAUAAAUUUAUUGUUUUAUUUUAUUUAAAUAAUUGUUCUUUUACGAAUCUUUUGGUAUUUUUAAAGCAAUAAUUAUAUUAUACUUUGACACUUACAGAGGGGGCCCGAGAAGAUCUCUGCACAAGGACCCAAUUUGUAGUUACUGUAAACAGUUUUACUCCCAUAGAGACAAAAUCCAGUAGGAUACUUUUAUUUUGAAAUAUAUUCAAUAUUUUCCUAUAAAACUAUCCCGCCCUGUAAAUAAAAACGUUCCAUCAAAAACGGUGAGUACCCAGUACUUUGUUAGAAAAGUUGGAACUCAAUAAUUCCUGAUUCGUGUUUGUCAAAAUCUAAGAAAUUUCACCACUUCGAAUCAAACUCCUCUCAAAAAAAUUUUUACUGUCUAGAACUUUACCGGUAGAGUGGAGAGAAGGACCUAGAUUAAAAGAGGUCCAAGAAAAAGAGCAGCAGUUAAGGCUCAUCUUGAAAAACUAAGUUGUGUUGAAAGUCAUUACUUUCGUGGUAAAUUGAUCCAAAGACAUUAUGUCUCAGGUGACUUAAAUCUGCUCAAGCUUUGUUGUAUGAACAAUAAUCAGCAGCUUGAUGAACUGAAAGCCAAGAGAACGUUUUUCAGUAAUAUUUUUGAGCAGGAUUACAACAUAGGGUUCGGUUCACCAAUAUCUAAUGCAUGUUCCAAAUGCAUUGAGCUCAAAGGGAAAGUAAAGAGGGAACCAGAUGUUCAAGAAACUAAUAAGUUGGUUAUCGAACAUGCUGUUCACAAAGUGAGGUACAAAGAUUUUCAUAAGAAGCUAAAAAACGAACAAAGCGACCUAUUUAUUAUGUCGUUUGAUUGUCAAAAAAUUUGGUUUGACCAAUGUGCAUAUUACAGCAGACAAUUGUAUAUUUACAAUUUCACCAUUGUGACGAGAUCUUCCAAAGGCCCCAUGACACCGGACAAGAUAUUUUGCUAUACUUGGAUAGAACAUGAACACAGAAAAAGUUUAAACGAGCACUCUUUUUCACCAUCCGAUAGAGUAUUUGCAUUAAUAAAGAAAAAACUCAGACGUCUCCUGAUUAUUAUUCAACCUUCCGAAUACCAUUCAAUUUUUUCUGAAUAUUGCAAUGUAUUCUAAAUGGGAGAAGAAGUUGAAAUGUACAACUGGAGAAGUUUCAAGAGGCCUGCUAGUUGGCAUUUCUAAUUUAACGAAGCAAAACGCUUUUUAUUCAAAAAAUCUUUUCGAAAUAAUAUAUCGACAGCUGGAGAGCCUUUCUUCAACUCAGUUAUAGGCCAAUGUAAGUUUGUAUUCAAGAAGUAUAACUCUGAAAUUCAAUGUCUUAUCAGAAUCGCUAUUUAGAUGUGAUGGAUAAGUUUGGAUAAAAGCAAUUACUUAUUUGUUGCUGAUUAACACAGUUUUUCAUGAAUUCUGAAAAUUUUCCAAAAAUGGAUAGAGUGAGUUUUGCAAUGCCACGCAUCAAUUAUAUAUUUACUUCGUUUUUUGUGUCAGACGAUGCUCUUUAGUCAUGUCGGUAUAAUGAAUUUUUUUUAAGGAUAUUCUGCGAACCACUUUUGAUUUAUUCAAAAAAAUGUCUCGAAAAGGUGCUUAUGGAACUUAACUUGUAUAGGCGAGGAGUAAGAACUCUCUCUCUAAAAAUAUAAUUACCAAUUUGUGUGAACCGGCCGUUGAAAAAAGAAGUAAAAUUGUUUUAUUUUCAAUACUUCUCCACGUGUGUAUAAAAAUAAUAUUAAAUUUGAAUAUGACCAAAAUUACACCAUGAUCACAAACAAUCACAAAACAAAAACUGAAUGAGAGAUAAUAUAUUUUCAUCCAACGAAAAAAUUCACUAUGGAAUUGAAAGUGUUGUCAAAUCAGAUUCAUCACCGGAAAAAAAGGAUAGUGGAAUGGCAUGGCAAAAGAAUUUUUUAAGCUCAAGUUUUUGAUUUUGAUUUCUUGAGACCUAAAAUCAUCAUAUAUAUAUAUAUAUAUA